GAAACUUGCUGAAGGACAAGGACCUCGAAAGAGACGCAUUUGAAGAUGUCGAGUUCGCUCCGGCUGCUGUUCGUUUUCCUGUUGGUUACACUUGGUUGCGCACUUGGAAAUGACCAGCUCUCGUACUUCAACCAGAAAAUCAAGAACUUUCAAAGGUCCCUUCUGAGGAGAUGCCCAUCUCUGGUGAGAACUUUUAACUGCGGCUAGCUGUACACGGGGUCACAGGCAUUAAUCGGUCGACGAAAGCGAGCUAACGCUGACGCUGAGAGCGUGCAGGUGAAGUUUGCUCGUGCCACUGCGAAUUACCUGGAAACUUUGACCGGUAUCUGCGAUGAAGUGCCAAAACCGUGCCCACAAGGGUUCCAGCAAUUUGGGAGAUCCUGCUAUUACUUCAAGUCCGUUGUUGGAUCCGCGCUUUCAUGGGACCAGGCUAGAACCAAGUGUCAAUCAAUGUCAGCUGACCUAGUCUCCAUAGAAACCAAAGAGGAGCAUGAAUUCAUUAAGAAAAACCUGAAGCCAAUCACCACCCCAAACAUAUUCCAUGGUUGGUAUGUUGGGGGCAAGAGACGUACGGUAGACCCAGCCACCGGGAGACCUUGGACCGCCGCUCAGAACGCUAACAAGGCCGAGCUGAAGAAGCAGUACUACUGGGUGGCCACGGGCAAGACCAUGGCCUAUGACGGCUGGGAUAAGUCCAAGGCUGCUAUACCAAAUACACAACCAUCUGACGGCGAUACCUGUGUCCUUCUAUGGGCCGGGAGACGGGACUUCUUGGACUAUGAAUUUGACGACUAUCUCUGCGCUUCAGAUUAUUAUAAAGAUAUUGGCUACAUCUGUGAAAAGGCUAACUAGUUACUUUGUACUUGAUUUGAUGAGCGUGGAAAGAAAUCCCAGCAAUAAAAUUAUCAUGCAAAAUUAA